GUAUUUUUAAGAAUAAUGGGUGACUUUUUCCUUCAUCCGCAGGCGCACCUCAAUCAAUUUCUUCUUCCCUUUUGGGCAUUGGGAAUCUCAAUCCCAUUUUUCUGCUAACUGAUUUGGGAGCGCCCACUCCCUGUUUCACCCGUUCUUAUGAGGGGCAGAUCGUCCGAGACGAGGUUCGUGCAGGAAUUGGUUCUCUACGCAGCCAGCGCCGCCUUGAGCUGCUUGGUUCUCUUCGUUGGCCUACGCCACCUCGAUCCCAACCGUGAGGCCUCCAAGAAGGCUCUUGAGCACAAGAAGGAGAUUGCCAAACGCUUGGGCCGCCCUCUCAUCCAGACUAACCCUUACGAGGAUGUGAUUGCCUGUGAUGUUAUAAACCCUGAUCACAUUGAUGUGGAAUUUAACUCCAUUGGAGGCCUGGAGAGAAUCAAGCAAGCUUUAAUUGAAUUGGUCAUACUUCCACUAAAGAGGCCUGAGUUAUUUUCAACUGGGAAGCUUCUUGGUCCCCAGAAAGGAGUUUUGUUGUAUGGACCUCCUGGUACUGGGAAAACAAUGCUAGCAAAAGCUAUUGCAAAGGAGUCUGGUGCUGUUUUCAUUAAUGUCAGAAUUUCAAAUCUGAUGAGCAAAUGGUUUGGCGAUGCUCAAAAGCUAGUGGCUGCUGUGUUUAGCUUGGCUUAUAAGCUCCAGCCUGCUAUUAUAUUCAUCGAUGAAGUCGACAGUUUUCUGGGUCAGCGACGAACUACAGAUCAUGAAGCAAUGACGAACAUGAAGACCGAGUUCAUGGCCUUAUGGGAUGGAUUUACCACAGAUCAGACCGCUCGUGUGAUGGUUCUUGCUGCUACGAAUCGCCCGUCCGAACUCGAUGAAGCUAUACUUCGGCGUCUUCCACAAGCUUUUGAGAUUGGAAUACCUGACCGGAGGGAAAGAGCAGAGAUAUUGAAGGUGAUUUUGAAGGGUGAGCGGGUUGAAAGCAAUAUAGAGUAUGAGUGUGUGGCAAGGUUGUGUGAGGGGUACACGGGUUCGGAUAUUCUUGAACUAUGCAAGAAAGCUGCUUAUUUUCCUGUCAGGGAUCUUCUUGAUGAAGAGAAGAAGAAGGGGAAACAAUCUUCUGAGCCAAGGCCAAUGUCACAGUCAGAUUUGGAAAAGGUUCUUGCUACAUCCACAAAGACAAAGGUUGCUGCAAGCGAAUACACUGGAUUGAGCUCUAACUCAUCAGGGUGGGGGGAAGGACACAGGGAAGCUGGUGAGUAUAAGGAUCAAUCUGCAAUAAGUGAACUCUCCAAGCUUGUCGUUUCCCGAAUCUUGAAUAUCCAAUCCGAUACUCGAGAUUCAUGAAAUCCCUGACAUCAUCAAUAGUUCACCCGACUCGUAUGAACUAGCAUGGAUUUACAAGAAAUGCAUCCUUGAUUCAAAGGGUUUGUCUCAAAUCUAAAAAGUUACUUAAAUCAAACCGUGGCUUAACCCAUUCGAUUGUUUGUAUGGAACUGGUUCAUUCUCGAAUUUGAUUGAGUUAAAAGUAUAGUAUGAAAUGGAAGUUUGUGAAUCUAAGGUUAUCUGGUUGUUUGAUUCUUGA